GGUCAUGUGUACGGCUUCGACAUCAUGUCUGGCGCGUGUUUGUCGUCGUACACUGGCCUGUACACACAGCCCGUUACCAGUUGCGUGUUCGUACCAGAAUCCGACUUGUUGUACACAACCGCCAUGGACACGUGCGCCGUGCUGGAUGCCCACGACCAGCACCGCCCCGACAAGUCCGUGAUGGUCACCAUGCCCCAGCUCUCAUCGCAGCACCUGCUGGCCACCGUAGUCUCGCUAACCGCCGCACGACUGUUCGUACUGCUGGCGGAUGGUGCCGUACAUGUGUGGCAGCUUCACCUGAGGAGACCGCCUUCGUUUCUGGCCGCCUGGACGCACCUCUCCCGGGAGUCCGGUGUAUCCUUGUCGUACAUUGACGGCGGCGUGCUGUCUACCCAGGUCUCCAGCCGUAUGGCCCUGCCGUACGACCACGUGACGGGUUUUACCCACGACCACCUGGCUAUUGGAACCGCCAGUGGGGACUGUGUGCUCGUAGACGUUACCAGGCGAGUGCUCGGCCACAUCAGUUUCCGCUUCCCGGCCUACAAGCACCAGCCGCUGCAGAUCCUGGCUCCGGAUCUGGAUCGCGGGAUCCUGGUCACCGUCAGUCGUACGACAAUCAAGAUCUGGACCCUGCACGACAUGCGGUGUAUGCAUGAACUGUGCACCAGUCGACCGGUAACCCGACUAGAGCUCUUGGAGGGUCGUGCCGUACUCGGUACGGUAAGUGGUUCCGUACACGUCAUGGAAUUGAGUUCCGGUGCCUCCAACGCCGCCUCCGUCACCGUCGACCACAUGGACGCCGUGACGGGGCUGGGGCCUUCCGUGUAUUUGCAACACGUGGUGACUGGGAGCAAGGACUCGCACAUUAAGAUUUUUGACCGGGACAAGCGCUUUAAGCGGUCCAUUUACGUUGGGGCGCCCGUCGCCGCCGUCACGUACCUCAACGACCGGGGGGAUAUCCUGGCAGCCAUGGGGACACGGCUGGUGGUCGUACGAGCAGAAAAGUACGACAGGCUGCCGUCAGCGCCCAAGAGCCGCCUUCAACGACUGAGCCGCUGCAAGGUACCCUUACAGGCGUAUGCGGCCUGGGUGGCGGAGGAAGGCGGCGCGGGGCCCGAUGGCAGCGGCAGCAGCCCGCCCGCCGCCGGCGGCGCUGGCGCUGGCGGCAAUGCCAUUUCGCGUCGCCGUACACCGCCGCUGCGGCGGCUGCGAUCCUUUAACCUCAAUGACAGUCAGCACGGCGGCGGCGGCAGCGCCGGUAGCGGCAUGAGCGGCCUUGGCGGCGGCGGGAGGGUUACGAGCUCACGGCCGACGUCGCAGGCUGGUGUUGGAGGUGGCGGUGGUGGCGGCGGCCAGGCGCUGGCGCAGCGGCCGCAGUCGCGGGGCGCAGCAGCGGCGGCGGCGGCGGCGGCGGCUGGCGGCGGCGGCGCAAGCUUGCCGGCGGCCUCUCUUGUGGCUGUUGCGGUGGCCGCUGCUGCCGACUCCCGUCCUAGCAGUGUGCGCAAGGGGGUGCUAAAGACGGCGGAUACCGAGGGGUCCCAGGUACCACCCCCGGAUGCUCACCCACCGCCACCACCACCUCUACUACUACGGCCACCACCACCACUACCGCCACUAACACCGCCAAUAACCCAACACACGGCAGUUUCUGGACCCCCAACACCGCCACUACCACCACCGCCGCCACCAGCACUGGCGGCCGCCAGCAGCGCCGCAAGCGGUGCUGGCGGCGUCGGCGGCGAGGACAGCACGUACGGCAACGGUGGCGGUGGCGGCGGCGACAGCGCUGCCGGCGACCAGGUGACCAAGUCUGAAGACGAGGAGGAGGGGCGACUGAUUACGCGGGAGAUCUACCCGCUCAAAUUCAAAUACAACUUGCACAAGGAAAAGGGAAAGCAACGCAACGGCUGGGGCCCAGCAGCAAACCACAACUGCCACAACGGCCGAUGCAACUACCUCAACGGCCAACCGCAGCGGCAGUACUCCGAAAACGGUUCGACCUCCUUCAAUGGCUCCGAAACCACUGAGGCCCCAGUAAUCAUUGCCGCUGGCCUGUCGUCCCGGUUCCGCCGUACACUGCCCGUCAUCGCCUCUCCAUCGGCCUUCUUCGACGGGCACAUCCCGCCGGAAGCGCUGAUGCCGACGACGGCGACGAAAUCUGCCGCCGCUGCCGCCGCCGCUGCCAACGGACACGACAGGAAAGCAUCUGCCGCCGUCGCUGCCGCCGUCGCCGGCGGCGGCAGUGGACCCGGGCAACGAACGCCAAGAGCAAAGCGGGAAAGUAUUGACAGUGCGGCGGCGACGACGGGGGGGACUUUAUUGGGGGAUGGUGUACGGCGGUCGGGAGACGGCGGCGAGGUUGGAACCGGCGCGGCGGCGGGUACGGCACCCGGGGCGACGGAGCGGAAGGAGCGGAAAGCGGGUGACGGCGAUGGGAAGAAGAGGAGGAAGAAGAAGAAGAAAAAGAAGCGGCGGCGGCGGGCGGCACCUGGGGAUCAGGACCUUGUGGAGGAGCUGAAGGCCCGACUGGAUUACGAGAUACGUGCGGAAGUGAAGGCGUUUGAGAAGCACCAGACUGUGCAGCGACUGGCCAGGGCCACCUUCCUGCCGAGGUUGGGCGGGCCCGUGGUGGCGGCGACGGCGGCGGCGGCAGCGGCGGCCAGUCGUGCAGCCCUCACCGCCCCCGUCAUGCCGGGGGGCAGCCGGGGGGGGACGGAGCCGGGCAUGGGGGGUGCUGCAGCCGCAGGCGGCGGCGGCGGCGGCGGCCGCAACUCCGACUCGGGCGGCACGGCGGCAGCGCCGCCGCUGCCGGAUGUGACGCCAGCACCAGCGGCACCAGCACCAGCACCAGCGGCGUCGGUGGCUGCAGUGGGGCAGCUUCCACGUCCCGUGCUUAUGCCGCAGGUGUCCGGUGGACCCUCGUUUAAGGCGUUAUUGAAGGGUUUGGGUGUGCGUGGGUCUGUGGGUGACAUGGCUCGAUUCAUGAAGGACCCCUCGCGGUUUGUGGUGGCGCAGGAGCAGGGCGCGGCGGCUGCUGGCCACGGGGGCGGGGCGGGAGGUGUUGUUAAGGCGGCUGGCGGGUCACCUCGCAAGGAGGGGGAUCAGCGACAGCGAGGGGGCAGAUCGCAGGGAGUCGAGCAGCGGACGGCGGGAGCUGGGCAUCGUGGCCGCCUGGCGGUCCUCCUCCUUUGGUAG